CUUCUGGAUAUGCUAAUUAUACCUAUCAUGAAAAUGAAAAAAAUUUAUUAGUAGCAAGUGGUACCUUCAUCACUCCUUAUAAAAUCGGUAUAUUUCGAUUAAUGCGGAAACUGAAUGAUACUUGUUUUGAGCCAAAAAUCAGAAUAAGGAAGAUUCAACCUGAUGGAAUUUUGAUUCCAAUUGAUGUUGAAUUUCAGUUUCCUGUUAUAAACGCUUGCACCGGAUUAAUACCUUAUUACAAUAACGAAGUGGUACUACGCGCGAUAAUUAUCAACGAGAAAUUUAUGCUUAUUGUAUAUUUUAAAAGUAUUGAAUCUUCUCCUGUGAAAUAUACUCUUUUUGCAGCAAUAGCUGACGAACGUGUCAUUGCACCAAAUAUUGAUUCAGAUCAAGGUUUUUUAAUCUAUAUGCGUGCUCAGAAUAUGAGUAUAAGUGCUUGGAGUUUGCUCAGCCCUCCUAAUUCUCGAGGUGAGAUAAACCGAAUUGUCUAUGGAAAUUUCGCUAACAAUAACUAUACAGUUGGAUGCCUAUUCCAAAUGGUAGAUGGAGGCUUUGGCUUUAUAGCAAGUUCACAAGUAGUGGAAAGUCAAAAUCUCACGGGUAUGCGAACACUUGUUGAACCUAAAUGGAAAGUAUCUAUACGAUUUUUACGGCCAGGUGCCAAAGAAUUCACAGAACCAUAUUUACUAUAUCAAACUAUAGCUGAUUUGGAUAAUAUACUUAUUCGUCCAUGCAAUGCAGCCUUUGAUGGGCAAGGAUAUCAAUGCAUCUUGCAAAUGAUAAAAAAUGAUAAUCAAACUUCUCAAGGGAUUUAUAUCAAAAUUACAUUUCUUUCAACUGGAACACUGAUCAAAAUUGAUAGACUUACUGACAUUAUUGGUUCGAAUUCAGUAACUGAUCUUUUGGCAUUACGAUAUGCAAAGAUUUAUGAUAGUGAUGAAAAAUAUAAUGAUACAUGGGAAUUUCCAGUUAAUACUACUAUAGCUACACAACCAAUUGUUCUCUAUAGUAAUAAAAUUUAUUUGGUCUCAAACCUAAAUGAACAAGGAGACUAUACUAUUUUAUCGACUGAUGUCACAAAAUUUAUGUCCGCAGAUAAUGGAUAUCAAAAUCCAAAUAUUGUCUCAACGAAUCCUAGUAUCAACGCUAUUAUUCCGACAAACACGACUGAUAUAACAGUUACAUAUACUGAAAAGAUUAAUGUAUCGUCUCGUAGUGUCGCAAUCUAUCAGAUUUAUGGAAAUAACUCAAUUCUUCGACAAAAAACUUCUGGUCAAUCUCUUUUUUGCUAUUCAAUUAAUGAGUAUACAGUAGGAAUUAAAAUUUUGCGCAGUACAUUUAAUCAACCUGGCGCCUCAUAUUAUGUCGUUGUGGAUAGCGAUUUUGUCAAAACUCGUAAAUUCAAUGAAGCAUUGACAGGAAUUGAGGCUUAUGUUUGGAAAUUUAACUCAACACAAAAAACAGAAAAAUAUGCUGCAUCAGCUAUAGGAUUGCUUCGUCUCACUCUCGAAGGAACCAAUCUGUAUCUCAAUCUUUCAUCGGACGAAAAACGGGAUUUCUUAAAUUAUCUUAAAGAAGAUAUAGCACAAGUGAUUCCAAUUAAUUCGAAUCGAAUCGACAUCUCUCAUCGCGUUGGUUACGACUAUUCAGCCAAACAGCCUCAACUUUUAUUAAGAUUGCAGGUUAAUUCUAACAAUGAUUUAUCAAGCCGUAAUGUCAAAGAAAUCAUACUUGACUUGAAUGACUUAAUUUUAAAUAAAAAAAUCACUGGAAUUUCUCUGUAUAAUUACACGAAUUUUUUGGAUGAAGAAUAUGGAUUUAAACAAAUACACUUACUCUUGGAUGUUUUAUGGAUUAUUCGAAAUGGACAUGAUGUACCGUGGCUUUUUCUUCCAAGUUUAAUAUUUCUUCUGGCUCCAAUCUGUUUUAAUGGACUGCUUGCUUUUACGCUCGUAAUUUAUGAAGCUUCUCAAAACAAUGCCUUUCAUAAAUGGCUACACAAAUACACGACAAUUGCAUCAGUUUUCACUUUGUUAGCAUCAGCGGAUGUCGAGGCUUUAACUAUCUUGUGCUCAAAACUAGCAGGCCUAGAAGCUUUUUCCGUUCAGUUUAUGCAGACCACUGAAUCUUGGAUUUUUUUCGCGCGCUGUGUAAAUUUAUUUAUUGAAGAUGUGCCACAAUUUACUAUUCAGUAUAGAGUAGCGGCUGAUAAUAUCAAUGACUCGUUCGCUCAAUGCAAAGUAGGAAACUUCUAUCGAUUUGAUGAAGGAACAGAAGUCAACUACGAAUCUGCAUUUUCAUACCAUCAGAAAUCAGCAUCGCUUCUCUCUUGGUCUUUGCUACGAAAAAACAUGCGGUACAAAUCCAACAGCAAGCAAGCAUUUGAACUUUAUAAAUCAUCAGCAAGCCCAACUGUUAUUAUUGUGGAUAUGGAACACGGAGAAAUCUUUUUCUGGUAUUUUUUAGCAGCGGAAGAAGACAAUGAUCGUGCCAAAAUUGCGAUUGGAUAUUGCUUUCGGAACGGUUUGGGAUUGGUGAGGAAUAUUUAUGUGUCGAUAAAAUGGUUUCAAGAACCGAUAGAGACUUUGAAGGAUCAGAUAAAGCUUCUAUACGUCUUAGUAGUAUAUUUGACGUCAUGGGUAAAAAGCUAG